AUGAAUCCCAUAGAGAAGGACUGCCAUAGACUAGCUCAAACAACAAAGCUCUACCCAAACACAAAGCAAAAACAAUGUCUUGUACUUCAAUUUCUCGUCCAUUCUUCUUUACACUCUUCCUUUUAUCUUUCACAGCUCAAGCCAUUGCCCCUCCUUCCAAAACUUUCAAAUACACCAACCAAGGUUGAUUUGGGGAAUACAACGUCGAGGUUACGUAUGGGUCACAGACGUUCUGAAUCCAUCAUGCGGUGGGUUUGGGACGCCAACCGUAGUAAGCUGGUGCCUGAAAAUGCUACACUAACAUUCGGUAGUGAUGGAAACUUAGUCCUAGCAAACGUCGAUGGCAAGGUGGCUUGGCAAACUGGUACAGCCAACAAGGGUGUGGUAGGAUUAGACCUACUACCAAAUGGCAACUUGGUAUUAUAUGAUAGUAAAGGAAAAUUUGUUUGGCAAAGUUUUAACCACCCAACUGAUACACUUUUGAGGCAUUUGGCUAUGUACUAUAUGAGCAAGGAUUCAAAAAAGCCAUUGCUUUACUACAAAUCUGAUGAGUUUGGUAAUGGAAAAGGCUCUUUGGCAAACCUUGUUUUCUACUGCUCACCCGAGACCGAUGAAGGCUAUGCUUUUGAGCUAGGGUUUUCAUUUGACAUGAAGAACUCACCUAGCUCGGGAACAUACAUCUUGUCUAGGCCCAAAUACAAUAGCACUUAUUCGAUGCUUCGCAUUGACUUGGAUGGCAAUCUAAGAAUCUAUACUUACGAUGAACCAGUUGAUUGGGGUGCGUGGGAGGUCACAUACGUGCUCUUUGACAGAGAUGAAUGGCGAGAGAGCGAGUGCAAGUUGCCAAGGAGGUGUGGGUCACUUGGAGUGUGCGAAGACAAUCAGUGUGUGGCGUGCCCUCGUCCUCAGGGCUUGUUAGGGUGGAGCAAGACUUGUGCACCACCAGUGCUACCACCAUGCAAGGGAGGAGCCAAUAAUGUGGACUAUUACAAAGUUGUGGGUGUUGAGCAUUUCACAAGUGCAUAUACAGAAGGAAAUGGGCCAAUGAAGAUGGUUGAGUGUAGAGAAAAGUGUAAUAAGGACUGUGAGUGCUUGGGCUUCUUUUACAAAGAAGAGUCUUCAAUGUGCUUGCUGGUUCCUGAACUAGGAACUUUGGUAAAAGUGUCUACCCUCUCUCAUGUUGGCUACAUCAAGAUGGCUCACUAG